AUGGCAUCUCCAGAUCGCUCCUCCUCUAUUGACGAGACCACCAUCACGCCCGUCCGUCCUGCCUCGCAUGUUCGACAGAAUUCGUUGGAGAAACAUUUGCAACACCGUCCGGAUCCGCAAGAAUUGAAGGAUAGACAUAUUUUGUUGGAUACUAAUGCUGCUCCAGCCCUACAAGCCGCAGCCCAAGAACUCGAACGCCAAAGAGCCACCGACUCCCUCAAGAAAGGUCUUGAAAACCGUCCACACAGAGAAGAUCUAGUUGAGCGCAACAUCCUCCCAACCUCAACCGCCGCCCCGGGCAUCCAAGCCAACGCGCGCGAACUAGAGAAACACAUGCGAGCCGACUCUCUCAACGAGAAGAUCUCGCACCGUCCCAAGCCAGAAGAGCUGAUCAAGGAGGGGAUCUUACAGGAAGAUCCUACGAGUCCGGAUAAAGAGACGACUCAGGCUGCGAAUGAUAAGUUGUAUGAGGAGAGAAUUGAGGAGGAGUAUGCUAAGCGUGAGGGUGGUGCAUAG